AUGGCUGGAGAUUCAUUCUUAUCGGAUCCUUCGAGGAAAAGAAAGCGUUCGAACAAGACCACCAGCACUGUGAGACAAGGCAAGUCCAAGAGCGGAGGAGCCAGACCAAGCUCAAACCAGCACGAUGAAGAGAUAUCAAGUGGGUCAGAUUCCGAUGGUGGCAAGGGAAAUGAAGAAGAAUACGAUGAAGAGAACGUUUCUAGUGAUGAAGAGUUUGUGCAAGAGAAUGCUGCGGAUAAAAGAAGACGAUUGGCCAAACAAUAUUUAGAUAACUUGAAGAAUGAUGAUUUUGCAGAUGAUGACUUUGAUGCUCAAGAAAUGGAUGAUGAUAUUGUUUCAAGAAGAUUACAAAUGGAUGUUGCCGAAGAUAAAGGUUUUAUUUAUAAAUUCAUCGGUGACAAAGUCUUGUCACAAAUUGAUGAUUGUAAAUUUACCACUACUAGAAUUGGAUCUAAGAAUUUAACUAGUUUAUCGAUAAAUUAUCCAUAUUUAUUUACUGUGUCCAAAGAUAUUGAAUUAAUCAAAUGGAAUAUAUCAAAGGCCAAACCUCAAAGAAUAAAGCACACCAGAGGUGGGCAUCAAUACUUCCAAUUAAAUUCCAAUCCACAAUCAAAUCAUCAUUGGGACCAAAUUAAUUGUAUUGCCACUAGUCCUGAUGGGAAGUACGUAGUUACUGGUGGUAAUGAUGCAAGAUUAAUCAUAUGGUCAAGUGAAAAUUUGACUUGUCUUAAAGUAUUAGAAACAAGAUCAUCGGUUAAUUCAAUUACAUUCCGUCGUAAUACUGAUCAAUUGUAUGCAGCAUGUUCUGAUUUAAGAAUUAGAACUUAUUCAAUUAAUCAAUUUGCUCAAUUGGAAAUAUUAUAUGGACAUCAAGAUAAUAUUAGUGAUAUUAGUAGUUUGGGACGUGAAACCUGUGUAUCGGUUGGAUCAAGAGACAAAACUGCAAUGUUUUGGAAAAUAUCCGAAGAAUCAAGACUUACCUUCCGUGGUGGAGAUUCAACUGAGAAAAAACAUAAAAAGAAAAAGGGACAAGAUGAGGAAAAUGAUGAAUUACCUUUCCAUUCAGAAGGUUCAAUAGACGUAGUUACAAUGUUGGAUGAAUCACAUUUUGUAACUGGUUCUGAUAAUGGGAAUAUUUCGUUAUGGUCAUUAGCUAAAAAGAAGCCAUUAUCUACUAAAAGGUUAGCUCAUGGAUUAUUACCUCAAUUUAAACCAAAUCAAGCAAGCGCUGAAGUAAAUGAAGAUGAAGCUAAUAGACAAAUACCCGAAAGACAACCAUAUUGGAUCACUAGUAUUCAUGCAAUUCCAUAUAGUGAUUUAUUCGUAAGUGGAUCUUAUAGUGGAUCAAUAAAAUUAUGGAAAUUAGAUCAAGAUGGUUUAAGAAAUUUCAAAUUAAUUGGAGAAAUUAAUAAUAUUAAUGGGGUUGUUGUUGAUAUUAAAAGUGCUGAAAUCAAAAAUGAAAAUAAAGUCAGUAUUUAUGCAUUGAUUAGUAAAGAACAUAAAUUUGGUAGAUGGUUAGGUAAAGUACAAGGAGCAAGAAAUUGUCUUGUUCAUUUUGCAUUUGAUAUUUAG